GCACCCUCCACUCCCUCGCCCUCAAGCUCCUCCCACUCUCCAACCCCUUCGUCUCCACCUCCCUCCUCGAUAUGUAUUAUAAGUGUGGCAGCUUGGAAGAUGUGUGCUUGGUGUUUGAUAAAAUGCCUGAGAAGGACGUUGUUGCUUGGAAUUCAAUGAUUGCUGGUCACGCAAUGCAUGGACACAGCCGGUGUAAGGAAAGGCAGAGGCCUAUCUCAAUGAAGAGUAGAACUGGACUUCGUGAUGGAAAGCUUUGUUUGGACUCAAAGAUCUCGAGAUCUGACGGCGUGCGGUGAAGACGAGGCGGGCGAAGAAGAGGCGAAGAUGAUGUGAUCUGAUGACGUGAUCUGAUAAGGCGGCGACGACGAGAUCCGACGAUGCGGGGCGAAGAUCUGUAUAAGUUACUGUUGUGUAUAUUCCAACUCACAGUCCACAUGACAGGUAUAUCAUUUUCAUGUUAACAUCUUAUUGCGAUACAGGGGCAGUGUCGCUUAAGGCAAUUUCCGUGCGUGUGAUGCCCAUUUUGUUUAGCCUCCUAAGAACAUACAAUAUACUGAUACUGCAUUAAACAAGGGGAAAAAAAUUAAAAAAUGCAAUAUACUCUUAUUUGUUAGGACUCAUUUUUAAGAAACAGAAGCAUGCUAGUCUUCUCCAAUUUGCAAAUAAUUUUUUCCCCUCUCUACCCUCAUUUGAAAAUAAUCUUAUCAUGUUCUUAGAAUCGAGUUGUCGUUAUUGGCUUAAACAUUCGAUCCACACUCGACGAGUUAUUUUCAUUGAUGCAUCUCCAAAACCAUGUCAGUCAUACCCAGAAUCAAACUACCACGAUAUCAUAGGCAACAACAAUUUAGAACUAAUAUUAAUAGAACCAAUGAUGAUCCAUCUCCAAUAUGAAACUUAUCAACAUCAUCUACCACAUCCCAGAACCAAAACUAAUCAUAUUAACAACAAACCUCAUCUCUCCCUA